AUGCUCGAGGCUUUUGAAAUUCUUACCACCUCCGGUGUUGUACUAUGGUCCAAGUCCUACGCUCCUGUGGGGUCUCAUGUCAUUAACAGCCUGAUCAACGACGUUUUUAUCGAGGAGAAAGUCGCGCCCCAAAGCGUCUCAGCUACAGGAGUUUCUCCGAUAUUUAAGAAGGAAAAAUAUACGCUCAAAUGGAAGCGGGUCAAGGAAUUCAAUUUGAUCUUCGUGGCAGUCUACCAAUCACUGCUUCACCUCGGAUGGAUUGACAAGCUCCUGGAAAACAUCUCGACUAUUUUCAUCGACGUCUACAAGGAUCAGCUCCAGGGCAACCGCUCCAGAAUCACCACCUACCGAUUCGAGCCCUACUUUGAACAGCAAGUGCGAGAGCUCGAGGAUAAUACUGGUGGUGCCUCAGAGGUCUACACUGUUGAGACUGGUGACAAGAAGGAUCCGCUUGUCUCAUCGGACAAUGGAGGCCCGCCACCGCCGCCGAUUCCUGGCCUUAUGAAAGCGCAGCAUCAAGCUGCGCUAGCCGGGACUACCUCUGACGAGGGUACGCCACCGGCAACUCCUGAUACUUCUAGGUCUUCAACUCCCCUCGCCAGCCACAUCCUCACCGGAAAAGCUGGUCCUGGCGGCCGAGGCUCUCGCCGAUCGCGCAAAGCUGCGAAUUCGAGCACCAACGCUUCGUCAGGCGAUGAGGUUUCGCGCAAGGCAAAGCCUGUUAAGGGUUCUGCCAAGAAGAUGCGUAAAUGGGAUGCCAGCGGGUUCGCUGACGAGGAUGAUGGUGAAAUUUUGGAUUACUCCGCUCCGGCUGGUGAUGGGGAAGCUUCUGCUCCUGCUGUAGAGGCUGUCGCGCCGGAAGACUGGGGUCGCAAGACUGGCAAGGGUGAAUUUGUCCUGAAAGACUUGGGCGACGAGGUUCACAACAUUUUGGACAAUGCCGAUGCGGAAAAGAGCAAGGGAGCUGCGACUGGCUUCCUUGGUUCUGGCUUCAAUGCCGUUGGUGGUCUGUUCCGUAACAUUGUUGGUGGUAAGGUCCUUACGGAGAGCGACCUCCAGAAGCCACUCAAGGCGAUGGAGGAUCAUCUCCUAAAGAAGAACGUGGCUCGUGAAGCUGCCGUGCGUCUCUGCGAGGGCGUGGAGCGUGAAUUGGUCGGCAAGAAGACCGCAAACUUCCAAAGUGUCGAUGCAGCAUUGCGUAUCGCCAUGGAAUCAUCUCUGCGAAAUAUCCUGACGCCCACAUCCUCCUUGGACCUAUUGCGUGAGAUCAAUGCUGUGACCGCCCCAACCACCAAACAGCAGGCCCCUCGGCCCUACGUCAUGUCUAUCGUUGGUGUUAACGGUGUUGGAAAGUCCACCAAUCUCAGCAAGAUCUGCUUUUUUCUCUUGCAGAAUAACUACCGCGUUCUCAUUGCUGCCUGUGACACCUUCCGUUCAGGUGCAGUAGAGCAGCUUCGCGUUCACGCCCGCAACUUGAACGAGCUUAGCUCCCGAGAGAAUGUCGGUCAAGUUGAGCUCUACGAGAAGGGCUACGGCAAGGAUGCUGCCAACGUCGCCAAGGACGCCGUUGACUACGCUGCAAGCCAAAAGUUCGACGUGGUCCUGAUUGAUACCGCCGGCCGACGCCACAAUGACCAGCGACUCAUGUCUUCGCUGGAGAAAUUCGCCAAGUUCGCUAAUCCGGACAAGAUUUUCAUGGUUGGCGAGGCUUUGGUUGGAACGGACAGUGUCAUGCAGGCUCGUAACUUUAAUCAGGCCUUUGGAACAGGUCGGAACUUGGACGGUUUCAUUAUCAGCAAGUGUGACACUGUAGGCGAUAUGGUUGGUACCCUGGUCAGCAUGGUUCAUGCCACUGGUAUUCCCAUUGUCUUCUUGGGAGUGGGACAGCAUUAUGGUGAUUUGCGUGGACUGAGUGUUCCUUGGGCUGUCAACCUGUUGAUGAAGUGA